UAUUAGCUCAUUAGUAUGGGCGGGUAUAAGAAGGAGCAAAAAACAAGAACAGGUCAGACUCACCGUAAAGUUCCUACUGACAGGAGGCUUGAAUAUCUUGCAAGUAGUCAGUCGAGAGGUUAUCGCCGAGUGAUGAAGAUGCCCCUGUGUACUCGUAUCACUGUGCUGUUGUUUGUGGCGCUCUGUGCUACCGUACUAGUGGCUGAGAAAGAUGGAAUGGAGGACCAGGGACUGAGGACUCGGGAACAGGCUGAUGAGUUAGAGCGACGUGGCAUUCCCACCAACGCAGAACUCAAUAACAGACUGGAAAGCAUCGAGAAAGAAAUGAAAGCCCUUCUCUCAGGCGGAGCAACAGUCCCAUGGCUUCGAGGGAGAGACGGAAAGGACGGGAAACCGGGUCUGAACGGUAGAGAUGGUCGUGAUGGAAAACCAGGGAGAGACGGAAAGGACGGGAAACCGGGUCUGAACGGUAGAGAUGGUCGUGAUGGAAAACCAGGGAGAGACGGAAAGGACGGAAAUUCAGGACUGAAUGGUCCAAAGGGAGCGCCCGGUGCUCAGGGAGGGACUGGUGCGAGGGGUCCCCCCGGUCCCAGGGGGUCCUCUGGUGUACAGUACGUGCGAUGGGGGAAGACCUCGUGCCCAGGCUCCGCGCUGCUCGUCUACAAAGGGCGUGUCGGCGGGGUGCUUGAUCACCCUGGAGGUGCGGCAGAGUACGUGUGUCUCCCCGAGACCCCCCAGUACAUAAACUUCACCCCGGGACAUCAGCACAGCGGCUACAUGUACGGCGCCGAGUAUGAAGUCUAUGACCACAGCCCCUUCACACGUGGAAAAGCCCUUCAUGAACACGAUGUCCCGUGCGCCGUGUGUUACGUCCCGUCCCGCAGCACCCAGCUCAUGAUACCCGCAGUCGCCCGCUGUCCCGCCGGAUGGUCCCGCGAGUACUACGGCUACCUGAUGACGUCACAGGCCGGUCACAAGCACUCAAGUCAGUUCGUGUGCGUGGAUUACGAUGCCGAGUAUGUCCCGGGUACUAGCCCUAACCAUAACGGAGCCCUGCUGUUUACCGUGGAGGGGAGGUGUGGGACACUACCGUGUGCCCCGUAUGUAGAAGGGUAUGAGCUGACAUGCGUAGUCUGUACCAAGUGAUUCCAGUUGUACGAUUGAUGGAAUAAUAAAAUAUUUGUAAGGUGUAGGGUAACAAUGUGUCUAGUUCGCUCACAAGCUGUUGCAUGACUGAUUGAAUAAGAAUAAAAGAAAAGUUAUCGGGUUUAUAGUAUACGGUGCUCUGCUGUCAUUCACAGCAGUUGUAUGUCUAAUGAAAAAAUAAAUCAUACAAUGCUUGUUA